GUCAGGCUGACAAUGUGUUAAAAUCCAUACUGCAACCGACCUUUACCCGUCUGUGUGUGGUGUUUUCAGUCAGACCGGGUGCCGUACCAACAUCCGGGAAGAACCACCUGAUUUAAAUAACGUCGAACACAUUUUUAACACUCCAGCGCGGUUUCACCCUGAUUUUGGAACAGUUAUAAAAGUGUCAGCAGAACAUAUUUAAAUAGAUACUUUCCGAUGUCAAACCCUGACAACAAGGCUGCUCACGAUUUGACCCGAGCGAUGGAGGAAACGAUGCAGCUACUUCAAGGAAGAUUCCAGGCGAUUUCGGAUCAAUUAGAGACCAAACUGGACGAGAUGGGAUCCCGCAUCAAUGGUCUGGAGAAGAAUGUGGCGGAGCUGGUGACCCAAGCCGGGAUGGAUCAACAGUCUACACCUAAGUGACCAACUGGGCCAUGACAGUGUGGCAUUUCUUUCAGCCAAAUUGACAGAUUCGCUUAUACAUUCAUUCAUUGCAAUCAUUUGUUUCUCCCUUGUCCAUGAAUGUUUGUAGCUUCAACGCAUUUAAGCACUUCCUACCUCUUUGUUGUGAAAACAAUCUGGAUACAGAUCCAGGUCAUUUGCAGUGUUAGACCGGUCCGUACAGGAACAGCAGUCAAAGUACGGUAAUACCAAAUCCUUUUCAUGCCAUAAUGAGUAUUUCAUUUACAUUAAAGGUAUCAGUUCAAUUGUCAUGCCUUAAUAAAACAAUCUAUUCUUUUGUUUAAUGUAUGCCAACUGACUUUUCACUAAGCAUGUUCCCCUGACAUGCUUGAACAGUAUUUGCAACUAAUGUAUUUAUUGUGAUACCUAAAGUAUGUUUCUCUUGUGUUUUUUUCUUUGUACCUUUCUGAUAAACUAUUGAUUAAAUGACCCCCU